AUGAACGACAUUAAUAAUUCUGAUGGCCUCAAGCAAGUCCGAUCAUAAUUUAGGAUAGACAACUGGGCCGACCUGGUUUUACAGUUUAAUAUGUACGCAUAUUCGGAUAAAUUAAUUCGGACAAAAAAAUAUUUCAAUAUUUAGCCUUUAUAAGCCAACGUGAAAGUUAACUUUAGACGCAAGUAAAUUCAUUAACAUACCCUAAAAAGCAACAAGAUUUCGGUUAUAUGUUCGAGAGAAAAACUCACAUGACACUUCUCGCGGGAAAUUUCUGCUUUGAAAAGACGAAAAAUAGUUUCAAAUUACCUAAAAUGGCUAUGAACCAUUACUCUAAAAACAGCUCUGAUUACAUAAGUAUUUUACCGUACUAAUGCGUGGUUAUCAUACGUAUUUAUCUGCAAAUUAGCGAUAUUACACUUUUAACAGCCAGGUCAGAAUUUCUGGUUCAUCUUCUGCAUCUUCGGUCAACUAAUUUGAGGUUCACCGAAUCUUCCACUCGUGUCGGAGCAGUGAACAGUUUGGACUUGGGAACACUCUAUUUUUCUCGGUGUUCCUAUUGCAAUGCAAAGAAACAUACUUCAUACUGUAUACUUACUCCAAAGGAACACUUAUUAUUUCUGUUAUUGUUUUCGUUUGAUGUUUAAUUAUUUUUCCGCGCAUUCAAAUGACCAGACCACAAAAAAUGUUAAGAUGAUUGUCAAAGUAUCAUGUUAGCACGGACCUUUAUCCGUGAUGUUAGCAACCCAGAAUACCCAAAUGUUCCAUCCAUUAAUAAAAAUUACCACAGCCAAAUUUUAAAACAUAUUCAGAUGGCAUUGCUGCGAAAACUUCUUGGGCGAAAGCAACAUUCUUUGGACAAUUCAAAAAACGUUUUGCAAAAGCAUGAAGAGGAAAAGGCAGUUGUAACAAACACGAUUGAUAAUACGCCAAAUGAGAUUAAUGAAUCCACCACAAGUGUUUCAAUUCAAAGUGAAAAGAAGCAGCACAGAAGAAACGCGACACAACGUAGGCAUAAAAAAUUAACGACGGAAUUUAUUCCUUUUCUUAUCAAGGAUGCUGAAGUCAGUUUGGAAGGUUCUCCUCAAGAAAACCCUGACGAAGUCUCAAAAGACACAUGCGAAUAUGAUAGUGAUGACGAAGACGUUACUUCUAGUAGCGAAUUCGAAGAGUUCUUAGUCCGGAACAGACAUAAAUGGAUGGAAGCAAAACUUAGACGCCUCAGACGACAGCGUGACAAGCUGAGGCGUCGUCAGGACGAAGUAAUUCUCCUGGAAAAAGAGGUCAAAGAGGUCGUAACUAUGGUAAACAGAACGCGCCAACAGACAAGUGCUCUUAAUGAAGAGGUCAUGGAUAAGAAAUGUGAACUAAAAUUUCUCGCCUCGCAAGUACCCGAAAACUACGAAACCGAAGUGAAGAAGAAGGAACCAUGUCUGUACAAGAGAUAUACUGCAGCCAAGACGGUUGCAGACGCCCAAGCGAUUUUAAACUCCGUCCGAGAAAAGAUUGAGGCUCUGAACUACUUCGAGUUAUUGGCAUAUAACAGGGUACUCGAGCACCAACAUGGCCUGAAGCGGGACAAUGUCAAGAACGCGUACACGCGCGCAAGGAAGAAAAACCGUCACUUUGACCUCCUGAAUGACGUCAUGAAAUAUCCUACGUCACGUCCGAAUUCGCCCAGAAAGAGGACUGCUCCUACGCCCGUUGAAGAUGAUGCCGACGAAAACAACAAUGAAGAAGAAAACCAGCCACUCAUUACCAUGGUGACCAUCGAGACGUCACCGAUUACGCCAUCAACACCGGAAAUGAUACAAUCUGCACAAACCACGCCCCUAGCACUACUGCAGCCCAGAACCCUGGUCGGGCAAUUCCCUCUGCCUUUAGAAUCCUUUAUAUAAACAAAACCAAGUUUGUUUGUAUUUUAAUUAAAUCGUGUAGUUUUUUAAAAGCAUUUUACUGUAUAGUUUUUAAAUCUUGUCGUAUUGUGGGGUCAACAUAGGAUUUUCUUAGAAGAAAUCGUCGCUCUAUAAAGAUCUAUUUUGAUGUUAAUAAAAUUAUUCACAAUUUAA